AUGGUGAAAUCGGACGUGCGCAAGGAUUACUAUGCUGAUCUUGGGCUCCAGCCCAGCGCGGAGGCUGAAGACAUCAAGAAACAAUUCAGGAAAUUAGCACUCAAAUACCACCCAGACAGGAACCCAGGACGAGAAGUCGAGUUCAACGCCAAAUUCCAGGCCAUCCAGGCUGCCAAUGAGAUCCUCAGCGACCCCUCACAACGACUGAAAUACGACACCGAUCGUCUACGCGCAGGCUACGGCAAGUUCUACGGGCCGGCCAAGGCAAAUACCCAGCGCAAAACACAACCCCCCACCUAUCCUCCUCGCCCUGCGCCAACCGCCUCGGCGUCUGCAAGUUCACAGUAUACGAAGCCGGCCCCAAGUACCCCAUCGGCUGGUGCUCGACGAUACGCAUCUCAUGCGCGUGCCGGUCCGCAACAAUUCAAACAACAGGACAACGAGCAAACAAGGGCUGAUGCAUUCCGUGGCUUUAAUAACAUGAGAGGAGCCCAGGCACCUGGAUGGCAGGGAUUCGAUCCUUCAACUGGUCGUGCUACUGGUGGUGUCCCAGGUCCUGGGGCACAGCGUCAUCCCUUUGGAACUUCUGCACAGUCCACCCGGCCUAAAUCUGCCUUCGAGGCCCACAAUUCCCACUCCAACGCACAGUCUUUCAAGAAGAAGCAGGGCUUUGCGCCAGGGGUAGCUGGAGGAGACGAACCGAUGGCCCGCAACACCUCUGCCUAUAGCAAUAACAGUCGGGCUGAGCGGAUGAGCAGCCAAUACUUCAAGCCCGCUGUACACCCGACUGCGAAGAAACCGGCAUCACCUGAGCCACCUGAACCCAAAUCUCGCCAUUCAUACACCCCGGAGUUCGAACGACCCAGUAGAAGCUACGCCCAGGCAGGCAAGGGUGAGAAGACUUUCUUUUCAAGCACUGGAUUAGGACGUUCCUCGACCAUGCGUACCCCGUCGGGUUCUUCCCAUCAAAAGGCGCAUACAGGUAAAAGCAGCCCUACCUCUGGCAGAUCUGGGAGAUACCGUAGCGCCAGCCCCUCGCCCAGGCGGAAUCCCAAUAAUUACGACUCUACCAGCUCGAGUGAAGGGGAAGAGACUAUGCCCAAGCCGAAGGCCGUGCCAAAGAGUCGACUCAGGCCACAUCAAAAGUUUGCCGACUUCUACAACGGAGGGACAGCAAGCCCUGGAAAUGGUAUGGACUUUACUUCCUUCCUCAGCGCACAUGGGCUUCAAGCCUUCGAGUUACCAGAUGGUAGCUACGUACUCCGUUCGAUACCUCGGAAUUCUCCCCUUAAUCAACGUACCCCUGCUGACAAUGGCGGCCCCAAAGGACACACCUCGGAUAGCGCUGCUUUCCCAAAAAGCUCGUAUCGAUCGGACCAGCAGGCUAACCCAUCGGAUUCUUCCUCUUCUGUCAAGUAUGUUCGGUACACCUACUCUCAAGUUGUUCCAUUUUAUCUGACAGAUACCGGUAUUAGCACCGACACGGCAAACAAUGCGCAAAGACCCCAGUCUGCUGCAUAUGGACGUAGCAGCACAAGUGACUUGCACAAGAAGUUUUCUGCAGAUGAUUGGCGGGAUCAUUUGGGUCAGUUUGAUUUCCUGGGUUCUGCCUCGCCAAGCAAAGAGUCACUUCCGAGGUCGCCUAUCUCGCAGAAUCGGGGGCGUACCAAUAUUCGAAACGGACCGACACAAACAUCCUCGACUAGAUCGCCACUUCCGAAUCCUUUCGGCCCUACACCUCUAUAUCAAGCUCCACAGUCACCACAGCAACCACCAACCCCCUUUGCACAGGCAAAAUUCUCCGCAGAUUCAUGGGCUGAACAGCUUCGAAACCUCUCGUGGAAUGUACCAGAGGCCGAGAAAGCGAAACAAACAGCAAAUGCUGCGCCGCCUCGUAGCCCCAAGAAGCAGCCCAGAACAGGCACCAAAGUGCGGAGCACUCCGCAGUCGGCAAGUGUUGCUACUGAAGCAGAUGAAGCUAAAGAAACUCUUAAUGGCCAGGCCCCUGGGCUAGCCGGGACAGUAGCACCGGACGUUGAAGAGAUGGACCUUGAUGAGGACCUUCCUACUCCUCCAAGUAUGCUGCCCAAAGCUCCAGUCGGAAGGCCAAGUAGUGGCAGCUAUCCCGAUUUGGCUUCUCAGGCUGUGCCAGAUGCACCUCCGGUAAAGAAGCCCAAGCCUCCUCAAGGCACAGACUCUCGCACUCCUCUAUUCAACCUCGAUAAUCUCCGCAAUACCGUACCAUUCACCAACCCGACCGGUGGAGGCAUCGAGAACCUCGAAGACUUCCACACCACUCUCCCCUUCGAAUCCCAAGCCAAGCAGCAAAGGACUACAAAAAGCGACAUCCGACCCCGUGUACUUCAACUCCCAAACCCUCCCAAACGACCCUGGGCCCCGAAACCAGUCUUCCUAUCACCAACCUCCAAGCAACUCGUCCUCCCCCGGGAAAAAUGGAACUGGUACGUUUCCGCAAUGGGAACGUAUAUGCACGAAUGGAACGCGUUCAACAGCCGCAUGCUCACGCACUUUAACGCGCGCCAAGAAGCGAACGAAACCGGUCUCGCGCCGGGCUGGAUCAGUGCCGUCGGAGACUCUACCCGUCUCAAAAUGAACGGUGUAGACGACGACAGCACCGAUGACACAGUCAAGAACAGUAAGAAUUUUGAUGAUUAUCACGUUGACGAAUUCCUCGUCCCUGGUACCAGUAAGGGCGGCUUUAGUGCCUAUCUCCGUGGUAUCGAGGAGGAUAUCCAAGUGCGUAAGCAUUGGGAUGUUGCCUGUGAGCUGCAUCGGGAAUGUAUCCUUGAUCUUGGACGAUUGAGAGAGUGGAUUCGAGAUGGUGGGAAAGUGGCUUGA